AUGUCGUACUACUUCGCCAUCGUCGGCACGCAGGACAACCCUCUCUUCGAGUAUGAGUUCGGCACCUCCAAGCAAGGGGGCGACGGCCAGUCGCGCUUCAACGAGCAGAUCCGCCAUUUGAACCAGUUCAUCCUGCACAGCAGCUUGGACAUUGUCGAGGAGGUGCAGUGGGCGCAAGGACAGAUCGUCACGAUUGAUAGGUACCUCAAGAUCGUCGACAAGUUCUUCAACAACUACGUUUCGUGCUUCGUUACGGCCGGCAACGUAAAGUUUCUCCUCCUGCACCAGCCUUCGGCGCCGUCGAGCACGGCUUCGUCUCGGUCCUCCACAGCCAUCGGCGCCAACCCCACGAGUCCCGCAACGGAGGAGGCCAUCAAGAACUUCUUCCAGGAGGUGUACGAGAACUGGCUCAAGGCCAUGAUGAGCCCGUUCUACAAGGUUAAUAUGGAGAUCAAGAGCCCUGUAUUCCGGUCACGGGUGGCAGCGGCGGGGAGGAAAUACCUGUAG